AUGUCGUCCGCGGUUGCCCAGCGCCAGCGUGCGCUUGCCCUCUACAAGAGGCUCGUGCGCACUUCGCAGAAGACGUUCGAGGGAGACCAGCGCGCCAUUGCCGCGUUUGGCCAAGAGAUCCGAUCCAGGUACCGCCAGAUGGCCAACGAGACCGACCCGGCAAAGGUCGAGGAGGCGCUCAGCAUGGGCGAGGAGGUCAUCAGCGUCCUUCGCCGCAACGUCGUCCAGGGCAAACUCAACGAGGACUCGACCGCCUGGAACCUGCGUAUGACCAAGGAAACCGAGCUCGGAAAUAACGACAGCAUCAAGAAGGCGCGGGAGCAGCAGAUCGCCGACCUCAAGGCGGGCAAGGCACCGUCAAGGAGGAGCUGCCGCGAAAUGGCCGCCGAGAUCAACUCGACCACCAUCUUCGGCUCUUCGUCGUCGUCGUCGUCGUCCUCGAGCAGCCCUGCUGCUAGCGGAUCAGCGCGUCCAUUCUCGACCGUCGCCUUUGCCAAGCGCAACACCACAACCAGCCCUAUCCUGCGAGCAGCCUUCUCGACCACCUCGGCGACCCAUCUGCGGGACCCGACCGCCGUGGCCGCCACGCCGCUGCCACGACCGGCGCCCAAGUUCUCCUCGGUCACGAUCCUCGCCGACGGCUCGUCGAUCGAGCUGCAUACGACCUCGCCGCGCCGGCUGACGCGCCUGACGCGAGACCAGACGAAUCACCCGCUGUGGAACCCGAGCCAGGAGCGCCGGGUGGGCGGCGAUGGCGGCGACGACAGCGGCAGGCUGGGCAGGUUCCGCAGGAGGUUCGGAGACAACGAGGCGGCUGGCCCGGCGUCGUCGGCGUCGGCAAAGGAGCGCAAGGAGGCCGCCGCUGCUGCCGCGGCCCAGAGAGGCGAAGUCUCGUUCGGGCAGGACGACCUCGACUGGAUGAGCGUCGGCGGUCGCGAGGCACGCGCCGGCUCGCCCAUCCAGUCCAAGAAGGCGGCCAAGGGCAAGGGCAAGAAGUGA